AUGUACGCCUUAAGACCCGCUUCCUUAAGAGCCGUCGCACGAAUUGUCACAUCGCGUAUUUUUCGUCCUAAAUUAGUCACAACGAGGACUUUUAGUUAUGUCAAACCACUUUAUCAGCAAGAGGAUAAUAAACUUUCAGAGUAUCAAAAGAAAAAACUCUUAUUAAAAAAAAAGUUCGCUGACGAAUUUGUUGCUAAAGUUACUCGUCCAGCGCCAUUUUGGGAAGCCUUGGCCGUUGUUGGUGACGAAAUUAAAACUCUUUCGCUGAAUGAUUUUGAAGAUAAAUUUUUGAUAAUGUUAUUUUAUCCAUUGGACUUUACAUUCGUAUGCCCAACUGAAUUGAACGCUUUCUCUGAUCGUGUACAAGAAUUCAAAGAUAUUGGGGCCGAAGUAGUUGCAAUUUCUUGUGAUUCACAAUUUUCUCAUUUGGCUUGGAGCAAAAUGCCGCGAGGUCAGGGUGGCAUCGGCGGUAUCAAGAUUCCUCUGGUUGCUGAUUACUCAAAGCAAAUAAGUGAAGAUUAUGGUGUUUUGUAUGAAGAAAAGGGCAUUCCUUUUAGAGGAACUGUUAUAAUUGAUGACAAGGGAACUGUCCGUGUAAUUCAUAUUAAUGAUACCGAAAUUGGCCGUUCGGUGGAUGAGGUUCUUCGCCUAGUGCAAGCUAUCCAAUUCGCGAAUGAUUAUGGGGAAGUUUGUCCAGCAAACUGGAAAAAGGGUGAUGCAACCAUCGUACCAGAUCCAAAGAAAUCCAUGAUAUAUUUUUCCAAAUUAAAAAACGAAAAAUAA